CAGCGGGAGGCGGCCGCCGAGAUUCCGUUUGAAUAUGAUUUCUCUUCAAAUAUAAUUUUAGGUUGAGGUGCAGAUUAAAUCCGAGGGGAAAACACUUUAUGAGGCUGAAAGCUGUGUGGUUGCCAGAGCCAGGGUUAUGACCUAUCAAAUGCAAUUACAUUAAGACAGAUUAUACUGGGAAAAUUGAGCCAUUUAGAAGGUGAGAAUCAAAGGAACGGCUGUGAUCCUCCCCCUGCCUCUCUCUCUCUCUCUCUCUCUCUCUGUCUCAAUUGCAGUUCGUAGUUCCUUGCAAUUCUGAGGCACAAAAGUAGGUGAGACUGCUUUUGUAUCUGCCAAGUGCUUCACUCCUGAAUGCAAUUCUGGCUGAGUGCAAUCUAGGUUAAGAGCCGGACAAGCGGGUAAUUGGAGCCCGCUCGCCGCCGCGAGGACCGGCCGCCCCGCCAGGCGCCCCGAGUCGGCGCCCUUCUCCCGGCCGGCCGGCUGGGCUGGAACCGGAGCGCGAUGAUGGUGCUGGACAAGGAGGACGGUGUACCGAUGCUCUCCGUCCAGCCCAAAGGGAAGCAGAAGGGCUGCGCCGGCUGCAACCGCAAGAUCAAGGACCGCUACCUGCUGAAGGCGCUGGACAAGUACUGGCACGAGGACUGUCUCAAGUGCGCCUGCUGUGACUGCCGCCUGGGGGAGGUGGGCUCCACCCUCUACACCAAGGCCAACCUCAUCCUGUGCCGGCGAGACUACCUGAGGCUCUUUGGCACCACAGGGAACUGUGCCGCCUGCAGCAAGCUCAUCCCGGCCUUCGAGAUGGUGAUGCGGGCCCGGGACAACGUGUACCACCUCGACUGCUUUGCCUGCCAGCUGUGCAACCAGCGGUUUUGUGUGGGAGACAAAUUCUUCCUGAAGAACAACAUGAUCCUGUGUCAGAUGGACUAUGAGGAAGGGCAGCUCAAUGGUACCUUUGAGUCCCAGGUUCAGUAACACCCAGUGCCUGGCCUUCAGGCCUGUCUGCCCGCCCGCCCGCCCGCCUGGCCGGCCAGCUCUCCUGCCACAUUGGAACUCCUCCGUCCUCGAUGGGGAGGCGGUCCCCUCCUCCACCGCUGCCUUCUCCAUCUGUGUGUGACCCCUCUGGGGGCCAGGCUGGGCCUGUACAGUCUGUCUUCUGUAUAUAAAUGGGAACAUUUAUUUUAUGAGAAAUGUAAUGCGAUUUUAUUACUGGCGUGGAUUAAACUUAUGAAUGUUUCUGGGGA